UGUAGCUUGUUAAGAGUACUGGAAAUUGUUAGGAGACACCUAGCACUCUCACAGAACUACAAUUCCCAGACCUCUCUGGGAAGAGGAACUGAUCAUUAAAGCAGUUUAAGUCUGUGCUGUAAAUAAAUGGGAGAAAGUGCAUGAGUAAAUACUAAACUAAAUUGGUAAUAGGAGUGGAAUCUGCCAUCAAUUAUGGAAGAGAAAUUACACCUCAAUGUCAUUUUUGGAUUUUGAACAGUAACUCCAGCUCUAAAUAAAGCUGUUUUGCUUUCACACAGGCUUGAAGAUCUGAUAUUUGCUUUUUUAAAACAGAAAUGAGUUUUACAGACCAAGACUUGCUAGGACAAGCCCUUGAAGACGCCUUGGAGGUGUUACAGCAACAUUCCCAUGGCGACUGUAAUUAUACGCCAGAAGACUUUAAAAACUGUCUGACUUACCAUCACCAUUCUCUCCAAGCAAAUCCAAGUUACCUAUCAGAUAAACCAAUAUAUAGUUGGAGUGAAACACCGACUUUACUAAAUACAGAGGCCGGUUUUUAUCUGGGUGCAGCUGAGUACCAUACUCUGCAGACUGUUCCAGAAAAUCCAGAGAUGUGUGCCAUACCUUUGCAGCAAAAAGGCAGGAAAGGCAGGAAGAAGCUACGCCUGUUUGAAUAUCUUCACGAAUCUCUCCAUAAUCCAGACCUGGCAAACUGCAUCCAGUGGUUAGAUAAGCCCAAUGGUGUCUUCCAGUUUGUUUCCAAACACAAGGAGAAAUUGGCAGAACUGUGGGGGGAACGCAAGGGAAACCGGAAGAUCAUGACCUACCAGAAAAUGGCCAGAGCUCUGAGGAAUUACGGAAGAACAGGAGAAAUAAUUAAAAUCCGAAGGAAACUGACCUAUCAGUUUGGUGCCAUGGCUUUGCAAAGGCUUUCUCUGGCUUACUUUCCCGGGAAAGAGGGAGAUUUUGAUCUCUAUCACCAAGGUGAUCAAAAGUGCCAGUAUGCAGACAGCUGGCUUUCUUAUCAUUAUUACAUGUAUAACAAGGAUCAUGAACUACAGCAGCUUUAUAGCAAUACAAAUCCAUUUUGUUAUGAAUCUUAGAGAAACUUUGAAGGACAGCAACUCCUCUCCAGUGUACAUUCCCCCAGACUCUUGAGAUAUCACAUUAUGCAUCUGCACAUUUUUUUUUCUUUUUUAUGCUCCCUAAACUAUUAACUCACUAGAAACCUGAAAACAUAUGCAAGCUUUCAGAUUCACGUAAACCAUUCUUCAGUCUUAGCUGGGAUGGUCGUAGGAGAUGUUUAAGGCUAUACUCCACGUGUGUCUGGGAGUAAGUCCCACAGAAACUUAGCAAGGCUUACUUCUACACAGACAUGCACAGAAUUGUGCUGCAAAGCUCCUAAAAGAAGGAGAGAGGGGAGAUCAAUAACAUAGGGAACAGACUAUUGUAAGAACAUCUAAAUUUUAACAAUAUUGAUUUAGAGGAUCUAUUUAUUUCAACAGAUCUUUCUUCCAAUUAACUGCACCCUCUUAAGCAUGUUUACUCCGAAGUAAAGUCCACUGAACUGUAUCCCCAGUAAGUGUGUACAGGUCUGUUGCCUUAAUGGUAGGGUUUAAUGACAUAUUAUAAUCACAAACCCAAAUGUUAAGAUCUCAGAGCAUCCUAAUAAUAUAACACAUCAAGAAUUACUGUGGCUUGUGUGUCUACAAUGGUUUGUGCAUUUAAUUUGUUUCUUACUGUAUGUAUCUCAUUAAA